AUGGCUUCUGCAGCUGCCGAGAACGCUUCACCGAUUGGUAUUGCCAAUCUGCCCAACCAGCGACACAAGAUUGUCGCGAAGCGUGGCGCCGGUUUCACUAUUAUGGUUGCUGGCGAGUCUGGUCUGGGCAAGACUACCUUCAUCAACACCCUUUUCUCUACCACCAUCAAGAACUAUGCCGACCACAAGCGCCGCCACCAGAAGCAGGUUGAUAAGACUGUCGAGAUCGAGAUUACCAAGGCCGAGCUUGAGGAGAAGUUCUUCAAGGUCCGACUGACCGUUAUCGAUACACCCGGAUUCGGCGACUACGUUAACAACCGCGAUUCUUGGAUGCCCAUUAUCGAGUUCCUCGACGACCAGCACGAGUCUUACAUGCUUCAGGAGCAACAGCCCCGCCGCCAGGACAAGAUCGACCUUCGUGUCCAUGCCUGCCUUUACUUCAUCCGCCCUACCGGCCACACCCUCAAGCCUCUCGAUAUUGAGGUCAUGAAGCGUCUCUGCUCGCGUGUGAACCUUAUCCCCGUUAUCGCCAAGGCUGACACCCUCAGCCCCGCCGACCUGGCCAAGUUCAAGCAGCGCAUUGUCUCUGUCAUUGAAGCCCAGAACAUCAAGAUCUACCAGCCCCCGAUCGAGGAGGACGAUGAGGCUGCUGCUCAGCAUGCCCGCAGCCUUAUGAACGCCAUGCCUUUCGCUGUUAUCGGCUCCGAGAAGGACGUCAAGACCGGCGAUGGCCGUAUUGUCAAGGGCCGACAGUACUCUUGGGGUGUUGCCGAGGUUGAGAAUGAGGACCAUUGCGAUUUCAAGAAGCUCCGCUCUAUCCUGAUCCGAACACACAUGCUCGACCUUAUUCACACCACCGAGGAGUUGCACUACGAGGCUUACCGCGCUCAGCAGAUGGAGACCCGCAAGUUCGGCGAGGCUCGUCCCCGAAAGCUCGACAACCCCAAGUUCAAGGAAGAGGAGGAGGCUCUCCGAAAGCGUUUCACCGAGCAGGUCAAGAUCGAGGAACAACGAUUCCGCCAAUGGGAGCAGAAGCUCAUCUCCGAGCGCGACCGUCUCAACAAGGAUCUCGAGCAAACCCAUGCUCAGAUCAAGCAGCUCGAGCAAGAGCUGGAGCAGAUGCAGGGCAGCGCUGUCCGCAGCCACGGUCGCCGCUAA